UACAUUUCCUUUCCGUAAAAAACACGUCGUUGUUACUUGGUCCAAAUGCUAAUGUUCGCUCGGUCCGUGUGGCUACAAACUUGUAAACGGUGGCUGGUCUGGCAGAAUGCCUAAGAAAAAGAAAACCGGGCCCGGUGCAGUAGCAGGCCAGUCAGGAGAACAUGUCAGCGCUCAUUAUUAUUAUAAUCCUGGGCCGAACGGAUCUGCUUCUGUAACGCGUGAUCUCUCGGGAUCUACUAUGUCCGAUUUGAGUUUGCAGAACAAGGACGAAAUCGUGAAGAGCAUGCACGAUAUGUUUUCUGACUUGGACCCUGAUGUCAUUUUCAUAGUGCUUUCCGAGGCGGAUUUUAAAGUGGAAAAUGCCAUGGAUGCACUCCUAGAGUUGUCUGGUGCUGCUGAGGGGAAGACCACAACCUCUCCUCCACUUUCGGGGUUUGAGACGGCUGCUGCUCUGCUGGAACCACGUCCAUCUCACACUAAAUCCUCCACAGAAAGACCAGUCCUAUCAGGAGCGUCCAAUUAUGAAGAAUCACAUCAGGAGCUCAGCCCGGAAACAACUCGCCUAACUGAAGAGUUUGAUUCUCUUAUUGACCAAGAACUGGAAUCUUUAACGAUGCGCCAGCCUUUACCAUCCUCUAUUACUCCUUCUGUCUUGCCUCUACCUUCCGAGUCAGCUCCCCUUUCCGCCGGUGCUCCACCGAGUCCCCUUCUAGCUCAAGAAGCUUUGACGGAGCUUGAUCAGCUAGAUGUGACUCCAAAUGACACCAAAUUAGGGUCUUUAAGUGAGCAGAGUUCCUUCUCCACUGCCAAGAUUGGUGGCGGUCAAAGAAAUGCUUCACCAAUAAACGAGCUCAGUUUGGGGGGGGUGUCUUUUCCCCAGGAGAGUGGUAUCUCUCUUGAUUUUAGUCACUUGACACGUGAUUCCACCUUUGCUGCCCCAAGACCUUCAGCGUUUAAGGCCUACCGCAGACCUGACCAGUAUCCGACGCAAAUGUCAGUUAAUAUCCCACGUCCUCAAAGUGUGCACACGUUCUGGAAUAUCCAAGCUCCAGAUUUCAAGCCCUGCAUGGAUGGACCAGCUUUUAUCACACCUGUUGUCCCUAACCCCUGGACAACAAAUCCCAUUUCCGUGACUCAAUGGAUGCCUUCCAGGCCUGUCAGUCACGCUCCUCUGAAGCCCUCGGCUACGGUUCCCAAGUCUUGGAUGCUUUAUCCUCAGAGUCGACUCAAAUUGGAAGGGCAAGUACUGGUGCUGCUCAGAGGGGCUCCAGGAUCAGGCAAAACGACACUUGCCAGUGAAAUGUUGGAACAAAACCCAGGUGGAAUAGUCCUAAGUACUGAUGAGUACUUCACGCAGAACGGAGUGUACCAUUUUGAGCCACACUUACUCGGAGAGGCCCAUGCGUGGAACCAUCAGAGAGCAAAAGAAGCUUUUGAGGAACGUCUAACCCCUAUAAUUAUAGACAACACCAAUUUGCAGUGCUGGGAGAUGAAGCCCUAUGUUGCAUUGGCACAGAAGCAUAAAUACAGAGUGCUGUUCCGUGAGCCAAACACCUGGUGGAAAACCAAAGCCAGAGAGUUGGAAAAACGUACUAAACAUGGAGUAACGAAGGAAAAGAUCCGACGCAUGCUGGAGAACCAAGAUCGUCAUGUAUCCGUCCAGAAUAUAAUGGCUUCACAGCCCAAAUCCACAGCCAUCUACGGUGUGGAUGUGUGUGACACACACCCAACAGAGCAGCCUUUAGCAAGCCAUCCUGACUUAGUGGGUGACUCUAGGUUUGGUAAACCUGGUAGCUAUCUCUCCUCCUCUCUGCCUGAUGUUUCAUCAGUUGAUUGUAAAUGUAGUUCUACUUCAGCAAACAUGGGUGCUGCAGAAACCAACUUUGGAUCACACGGGUCCAAGGAAUACGUGUCCUCCCGGGAAAAUGUUACAGAGCUGCUAGAUGGAGCAGACAUAGACCGGGAACUGGAUGCCUGUAUGGAAAUUUCUGGACAGAAUGACUGCAACAUAAAUGAAGAUCUUGGCCUAUUGGAAGCGAGGACCUUGGAACAGCCAGUGAUGUAUGCAGAGUCGAUUAGCCAGCGGGUAAAGAGAGCAAGGGCGCAGACCAGAACUGCAGAUGGAGACGCUAGCACUCUGAAAUGUGAUUUUAGUGAUUCUGUAAGGAAAGCAAGUCAGGGUGAUUCUGUGGAUGAUUACACUGGGGAUGGUGUUAGUUUGAAUACAGAGCAGCUCGAAUUUGUGGGAGAUUGGCCCUGUGAAAGCCUUGAACAGCGUGGGCAACGGAGUCGGAAGUCAGCAUCUCAGACAGGGAAAAGCCCAAAUGAGGAAAUGUCAAACUUUGAAGAAGACACAACUAAAUAUGAGAGUAAAUUUGUAGGACAUUUGAAUUCCGACACCCCAGAUAAGACAGAGUUCCAGAAGCUUCUAGAUCUUCUUCAAGGAGACAAUAAUCAAAUUACCCAAGAAACAUCUCAGGACUUCCUACCUGUAGGUGGUGAUGGUUAUCACUCAUGCUUGGGGACUAAGGCCCAGUCAGUACUCCCUGACUGUGUCCUUGACUGGAAGUCUGAAAGAUCCAGUGAUCCAGGAAAAGGCAACUCUCAUACUCCAAGCCCCAUCAAAGAACUUGGAGCCAGUCAGGAUGAGUCUUCCCAAAGGGAUACAAAAGAGGCAUGUACAGAUGUUCAUACUCCAAGCCCCAUCAAAGAACUUGGAGCCGGUCAGGAUGAGUCUUCCAAAAGGGAUACAAAAGAGGCAGGUACAGAUGUUCAUACUCCAAGCCCCAUCAAAGAACUUGGAGCCACUCAGAAUGAAUCUUCCAAAAGGGAUACAAAAGAGGCAUGUACAGAUGAACAUGCUCCAGCAAAUGGGGUAAUGGGUCUGAAGAGGGGUUCAGAGCAGAAAACUAAACCAAACCAUAAUGCUUACCUGCCCCUAAGCUCAGGAGGUGAAGUGGAGUUUAGUUCUGAAUCCAGCCAGGAGAGAAGGAAAGUUCCCAGUCGGAGAGCAGGGAAAUCCUGCAAACUGGCACUUACAUUCACCCAUCAAAGCCCUUCAUCUUGUCCUCAUGCUGGGUAUCCAGUCACCUCAUUGCAGCAGUCAGAGCUGAAUCCUUCACCAGAACCACCAGAACCACCAGAACUGCUUUUCCCAACAUGCCAUAGUGCCUUUGCCCAAACAGAACCUCAGGACUUUGCCCUCCUCUGGCGAAUUGACCAGCAAAAAUGUCCUGAGCCAGAGUCAGACACCAGUGGAAUUGUUAUUUUGGAGGGAAACCCUUUGCGUUAUGUUCCAAAAAUCAAUAAAGAGAAAUCUUCUGAGCAGCAGGUGAUACCAUACCGUGUAUGUCAUGAGAAAGGCUCACAGGUAGAAGAGAAUGACUUGAGAGAACUACCCUUCAAACAGAACAGCCUGGAAAUACUUAGCCGCCAUUUUAAACAUGUUCCCAAGGAGACUCUGGAGGACUUGUAUGAAAAGUGUCACCAGGAUAUGGAGUGGACCACCAACUUGCUACUUGAUUCAGGCGAACAUCUUUGUAGGGAUGAUGAGGAAAAUGUUUUUGAUCAUGAAGAUACGGAAGGAUAUGAUUUAGUUCAGGGUGCUAAGAAAGAAUUUGUUGACUGUCAGGUGAUAGGGGAGUUGUUUGAGCCAAAAAUAAUCUGCACAAGAGACACAGUAAUACAAGAGACUGGCAGUAAUUGCUGUGAAAACCCUCCUAUUUUAGUACCAAAUAACACCAGCUUGACUAUGGGCAUCGUUGAACGGGAACCUGAGGACAGUAAUGACCAGAGCAUCAAACUUUUAGAGCACCAACCUGAAGAGCCAGAUCAAAGGGAAACACUUGAUUGUGUGACUGGACCUUCCCCUGUAAUGAAUCCCAAUGAACCUGUUGGAGAGAAUAAAGCUCUAAAGAAUUCUUUACAGCCAGAGUUGAAAAGUGAAAUCCCGCAAACUGAAGUAUCUGAGAAGUGUCUUGGUGGAGGACUUAUGGAUGAGGUAGAAGAAGACAGAGAGACAAAAGAAGAAGUAAAUGCCAUAACACGGGCAUGGCUUGAAGAGAUGGUGCAUAAGCAGGAGGAACAAAGAAAGGAAAGAGAAAAAGAGAGAAGGGGCCAGAGGAAAAACGGGCCAAUGAACAUUCAGACACUGGAGAUGAAACUAACCACAGAACUUGCCCUGCAGCUCACGGAGUUGUUUGGACCUGUAGGCAUCUCCCCAGGUGAGUUUUCCCCAGAAAACUGCUCAGUGGUGAUGGACCUGAACUUAGCCAAACUCCUGCAUCAGAAAUGGAAAGAAACCAUCCAGGAGAAGCACAGGCAAGCAGCUCUCUCGUAUCAUCUACUGCAAGAGAGUUCUGUACACUGGGGUGAUUCUCAGCCAACCGCGGCUGGGCUAGGGGACUCGGCUACUCAUUUUCUGAUCGGCGCAGACGGCUAUUCAUCCCUCGUCAACCAAUCAGGUGUCCAAGAAGGCUUUCCACUCAUGGACCACUGGAAUAUGUCCCGCCCUCCAGUUUCUCUCCGGGACAUCAUGCUUGAACAGCAGGUGUUGCAGGACAGUUUAGAGAAGUCUAGGUUAAGUCGCUGGGAUUUAGACAAGAAAGAUGGAGCAGCCGUAGUAAAGGAGAAACAGCUGUUUGAUCUCUUCCCCACCAUUGACCGGCACUUCCUCAGGGACAUCUUCAGAGACCACAAUUACUCUCUGGAGCAGACAGAGCAGUUUCUCCACACCCUAUUGGACGAUGAACCCGUGAGAACUGUAGUAGCAUCUGAAUCUGUCCCGGAAAAUAAUGAAAAGUGUAGAGCACCUAGCAAAGAGAGGUUGCAGAAGAACGACACGGUCGCAGCACAGUUCCAGGACAUAGAAGAUCCAGAAUACGUGGACUUUCGUACGGAAGCUACGCUUCAGAGACAACGCCAGCAGGAGUGUUUUGAUAAGGCUGCCGAAGCCUACAGACAAGGGCGCAAGGACGUGGCCAGCUUCUACGCUCAACAGGGCCACUUACACGGGCAGAAGAUGAAGGAGGCGAAUCAUCGAGCAGCGGUGCAAAUAUUUGAACGUGUUAACUCGACACUUCUGCCUCAGAAUGUUCUGGAUCUGCAUGGACUGCAUGUUAACGAGGCUCUGCAUCACUUGCAGCAGGUUCUCGCUACUAAAACCUUGGAAUGGCAGCAGGGCAAGUGCCGUCCCCAACUGUCAGUCAUCACAGGAAGAGGCAACCACAGCCAAGGAGGCGUGGCUCGCGUCAGGCCUGCUGUUCUCGACUACCUUAAGAGCCAACAUUACAAGUUCACAGAGCCGAAACCGGGUUUGGUGAUCGUCGUGUUGCAUGGCGCUGAUUAUUAGCUGUGCUGUGUAAUGACCGGAGCUUUCUUCCUUCCUAUACGUUUAAAUACCGCAUUCACUUUCGUUCUUGCUCUCUUUCUCUCACAUUUGUUUCACCUUAUUUUCACACAUUUCACUCUCUCUCUCGCUCUCGCUCUCUCUCUCGCUCUCACUCGCACUGUCUAACUCUCUCUCUCUCUGCCUCUCUCUCUUUCUCCCUCUUUCCUUCUGUCUGUCUGUCUAUCACUCUCUCUCUCUCUCUUUCUUGCUCAUCUCUGUCAUUUGUGUAUAUAAUACGGUAAACUCUACUUUUGUAAAUAUUGUAAAAAGAAAAAAAAAAAAGGUUCUUAUAUCUACAUAAGCUUUGAAUACAAUACAAUAAUGUUAUUAAGCAGGUAAUACUUUUUAUAAUGCCGCUUUUGUAAGGCAUUCUUAUUUUGAACAAUAAGACAGAAUAACAAAUGGUACUUUUAACGUUUGAAUACAACCCAGAGUAAUAUCAUAGUCGUUUACUAUCAGUCAAAUACUUGUGGACCAAUUCUGUAAAAUCAGGCUGCUUGAUUUACAUUUGAUUUAUGAAGUCUUUUCACACUUGAAAAGGAUUGCAUCGUUGUAUGUACGCGCGUGUGUGUGUGUUUUAAUUUAGUCAAACGGACAGCUUCUGUCGUCUUCAUUUUAGUGUGUAAUCUCAAUGCAGUUUUGUUCAGAGCCAGCUUUAGUCCAUCAGCUAUUUUAUCGAAGAACAUUAAAUAAUUCCUCAGAAGAGAUCAUUUAGUGCAGUCUGAUUGGACCGAGAUUUUGAACACAAGUAUACUUAGAAGCUGAUUGCAGAUCAGCUCUCUAAAGCUGCCUGAUACGUGCGGAGAAAAACAAAGCUGAUGGUGUUUUAUGAACGUGGAUUUAUUUACCACUUUGCAGCUGUUGUGGUUUCAUUACAAGUCUAAUUUUAUAUUUUGUAAUGCUGCUGUUCUUAAUGACACAGAUUUGUAUAUUUUGAAGAAUAAAAUCUGUUUUUUUUUUUGUA